UCAGCACCUCCAGCUUCAACGAUAUUUUCCUGCUCGUGAAAAGCUCUUUGAGCAAACCAGUAUUCGCAACAACAGUAGCUUUCCUCAGUGUAGGAGUUGUAUGAAUAGCCGAGACCUGUCCAGUGGACCGCUUCAUUGGAUGUUUGACACCAACAUUGCCAAGGCAAGUGCAUGUCCUGCCGUACUUCUCGCCAACUGCAGGUAUAUAAAGCCCUGCCCCAGAGGCCUGGCUCGGCGUGCUCUGUCGUUUCAGCCCCAUCCAAAACUAGCGACAAGGCGGUUGACAGGCUGUUUGAGAACCGCUGUAAACAAAAUCGCGUUCGUCUGGUAGACAGCACAACACAAUCUACAGCCUUGCAUAAAGUCGGUGAUCGUAUAGUUGAUAGUUGAGAGUUUGAUCUCCUCAUUCGCUCGGUAGCAAGGAAUGAUCUCAGGUGGGUGUGCUGCAAAUCUGGCCCCGUCAACCUCCCAUCCUACCACAUCGCAUCUCGUGCAACGUUGGGCAAAUACUUCGACCAAGUCGCGGCCACGUCAGGCUUCAAGAUGUUGGAUGUCUUGAGCCUCUUCUUGUAUACAAAGUAGUUGCGCUCACGAUGGACUCGAAUGCGAGUGCGACGAGGAGAACAUCCAUCAAGGAAACAUGACUACACUCCUUCUUGCAAGAGCGGCGACCGCUCCUGUAACCUAUCAAGUAUCUUUAACACCACCACCGGAUGCUUACACCCCCGAAAAUAAUUUUGCUGAAGCAGACUUAGAGAUGCAGCGGACUUCCAGAUUUAGAAAUCGCCAUCGCCAAGGCCCAUCCGACUUGAACCUCGAAGACAACGCAAGUGCAACACAAUCAGAAGAACCACAUACGCCUAGUUCAAAUGAUGAGCUUGAAGAUACUCAAGAUCGUGUUGCACAGCCGUCCGCUUGGGACUUGUUUUGUCAACUUCUCGGUAGAUUUGCCACGCAUAACCUGCUCUUUCUACCCGCACAGGCUCCACCAUCCAUCCGGUGGCAAGAAGAGUACGACAAAGUGAAGACUACUAAGCUUGAGGAUCGAGUCCCAGGAAUACCGAGACUCGCUUUCUUCCAAGACAGCAACGACAGCUUCUGCAUCCACCGCAGAUUCGGAGACGUCGUUUCUCGAAUACUUAUUAACAAAGAGAUUGCAAUUGAUCAAGUCAUAACAAGAUUACACGAACUCGACGAGAAGGACAAGAAGGACCCGUCGCUCAGAUACAGGCUCAAGAGUAUCCUACACCACGACGGUUGUGACCCCGAGCAGCAAGUAUUGCUUGCAGACUUAGAAGAGAAGAUCAACAAUUACUACGACCUCCUGCUGAAAUACAGUCAGGUCAAAACACUAGGCGAAGUCAAUCCUCGUCACCAUCGCAGCAUACAUAACUAUGUUACCAGGAAUGGAUCUUUAAGGAGAGGUGAAGAGCAAUAUCUCUACAGGAUCGAUGACUUCAUCGCCGUGAAGGGUCAAUCUGAGAGUCGGACAAAACGUGGCCGAGGAGCACAAGACGUAGUGAAAGACUUUGUGGCUAGACGCCCAGGGACAUGGCUUCAUGCAUGGCUCAAGGGCGACGAAGGUCGCAGCAAAAACGACGAUCCACUUGUCCAUUACUUCUCUGACACUCGUCUGGCGGUACUGACAAAUGUCGGUAUUGCUUUCAUGGUGGUAGGAGUACUUCUCGUCCCUGUCUUCGUCUUAUUCCUGGCGGACAAUAUGACCCGAGGAGGCAAGGCUUGUAUUGUAGGUGUCUUCGUGUCACUUUGUAUGGUGACUGUUUCGGUUGCGAUCGAUCUUACGCCGGAGAACCUCUUCAUAGGAAUGGCCACUUACUCAGCUGUUCUUGUCGCUCUUCUGUCCAAUUUGACUGCUGAAUGAAACAUUAAGACUGAGGACAGAGCAGAGUCAGGACUGGGAAGGAGAGAGAUUGAAAGUACAUGGGCGGGUCUCUCACAAGGACACUUACAUGAACCUUGAAUAUUACCAAAACUAUAGUUAGAGAGAAUUUUACCCAUAGCCAAAUUUCGUCUUUUCACACCGCUAGGUUGAAGAGCAUGUGAUUGCUGAUAACAGAACCCACAAUUGAAGAAGCUUUUCCAAAUCAUG